CUCGAACCAGCUUUCACUCCAACCCUCGUACACACGCCCAUCUCUAUCCUCACAUACCACACAUACUCGCCGAGAGGUCCAUUCGCUAAUAGUGCGAUGCAGGACCAGGAGGUCAAACACUACGAAACAUUCCCACGGGCAUGUUUCAGAACCAACAGAAUAGCGCCCGCGGUGGCCCGCUGGGCGGCAACAGGUUACAAAACGGAAAGCUAGGCAGCGGAUCGCAAUGGGCAUUCGGCGGACCCAUGGGCGCGGCUCCCGGUCUCCCUAAUGCACAGUCGCGAGCAAACGGCGGUGGGUUGUCGAGCUUCGCACAAACAAUUGGCAGCUCUCAGUCCCACACCCCCCUCAAUCUUGAAGAGUUUCCUUCGUUGUCAGGCGCGCCGCAAGCACAGCAGAACACGUCUGCACAACAAAUGUGGUCAAAUCCGACGCUACGUACGACGCAACAGCACUCUACGAUCCAACGACCGCAGGGGCAAGGCACCCAACAAGGCCAGGUUGGUCAGCCUGCGAACCAACCGCUGAAUCAAGCGCACGACGAAGGAGUGAGCACCGCACAAGGCCAGUUCUCGGCAGGUGGGGAUGAUUACAGGUUUGGAGGACAGUCAGGAGUUGGACAAUUGUCAGGCUCUGCCCAACCUCAGACGGGCAAUAUCGAUGAGUUUCCGCCAUUAGGAGGCAGUGCUGAUGUCGGGCCUGAUCGAAGAACUGGUAUGAUACAAAACGCUGCAGCCUACGGCGGCACUGCCAACGCAAAUGCUUUCCCUGGGCUUGGACAGACAAGGAACGGUCUCUCAAGUCCCACCGACUCGCAGCAAGACCGGGCAAUCAACCCAACUUUAGGGGGCAGAGGAAUAACUGCUGCCUCAGCGUCUCGGUCGCCCUUUGAGAAUAUGCGCAGCGGCGGGGGAACCCCGGGCCUUACAGACAACAACGCACGCGCCGGACAUUCAUUAGGAAAUAUACAAAGCAUGUCUUUCAUGGGUUCAACUCCGCAGAAUCUACCACCAGUUGGACAGCGGCCGCAGCAAAACCAGUUCGAGUCAGCGUUCGGCUCUGAUACCGUGGGAUCACCGAACGGGCAAGCACCACACAAGAAGUUGGCAGAGAUGACAGAGGCGGAGCGAUAUACCCUCCCAGGACUUCUCUCGAUGAUACCUAUGGAUAGUCCUGACUACUCUUCGCUUGCGGUUGGGCAAGAUCUUACAGUGUUGGGGCUCGACCUCAGCCGCCCGGAUAACUCUCCCUUGCACCCUACUUUUGGCUCACCAUUCGUGGAAUCUAACGCCAAGCCCGUAAUACCUCCAGAUUUCAAGCUCCCUGCAGCCUAUACAGUGACGAACGUACCGCCGCUGCAUACCAAAGUGACUAGCUUCUCUGCAGAGACACUACUUGCCAUAUUUUACCAAUUCCCACGAGACAUAAUGCAGGAGAUUGCUGCAAACGAAUUAUACAAUCGCGACUGGAGGUGGCAUACUAAGCUGCAGCAAUGGAUGAUGAAGGAUCCCGAUCUACCAGCACCUGUACGACUGUCGCCGAAAGUUGAGCGUGGAUGGUACUUGUUUUUCGAUGUUACAAACUGGCGGAGGGAGCGGCGAGAGUUCGAACUUGACUACGAUCAUCUAGACCAGCGUCAUGGGCCUGCCAUGGCUGCUGUUUAGUUUACUGCUGGUCCCAGAAUAGAUUUCCUGCAGUUCUGGAAAUGGGAAAUGCCAGGAGAAAAUGAGUGGGCGACGUUCGUGCGACUGCGACAAAGUCUUGAGUACCUUAUGUCAUAUCAGAGAUGUAAUUCGGA